UAAUGGAACAGGAAGCACUUCUCUGACCCAAUGUGGCAUUGUGGGUAGACGGAAAAAGGCUCCAAAGGUACGCGAAGGCGACAAACGCACGUUGUAGCGUUACUAAAGAGGAAGAAACAACAACGAAGAAAUCGAUUUUACGACCGAAUCGAGGAAGACGGUUGAAAAAUGUCCAUCGGCGUACCAAUCAAGGUCCUGCACGAAGCAGAGGGACACAUUGUGACAUGUGAGACCAACACUGGAGAGGUGUACAGGGGCAAGCUGAUUGAAGCAGAGGACAACAUGAACUGCCAGAUGUCCAAUAUAACAGUGACAUAUCGUGAUGGCCGGGUGGCACAGCUGGAACAAGUCUACAUUCGUGGCAGCAAGAUCCGCUUCCUGAUCUUACCUGACAUGUUAAAGAACGCUCCUAUGCUAAAGAGUAUGAAGAACAAGAACCAGGGAUCUGGUGCCGGAAGGGGCAAAGCAGCCAUUCUUAAAGCACAAGUGGCUGCAAGAGGUCGAGGCCGUGGUGGAAUGGGAAGAGGCAACAUCUUCCAGAAGAGGCGAUAACUGCUCUAACUGUGUUGUUGCAUUGUAUAGUCUUUUGUUUUCAUUUUUUUCCUUUUUGGAUUAGAUUUCCUGGAUAUUGUUUGCAAUCCUUUGUUUUUCAGCUUAUUGCUUUAAUUCCAUUUUUUAUGAAAAUAAACUUAUUUCAGUUUGA